AUGAGCACAUGGGUGAACUACUGCCGCAGCGGCUUCGGCGUCCAGGAAUCGUCAUGCUUCGGGGUUGGAAUGGUCCCGUACGGAUUUGGCAAGGAACAAGAAUGGCGUCGUGGCGGCUUCCAAACCUGCAUUGAAGAUGGCGUACAGUACCACUGUGACUUCGCUUGGGAAGAGCAGAUGUUUGAUGACAUAGACGGUCCCGGUAGCUUGGCACGACUGGCGGGCUUGCUUGAGCUUGCUCGUCGCUCACCUGACUCCCUGAUGCUGUAUACUCUGGAUGUUGUGCAAGGAGGAUCCAGCAUUCACCAUUCCAAGCAAACAAAGCUGAGCUUGGAGAUGAUCGACGUAAGACUCCGUCGUGAUGCAUCCGGGGAAACUGAGCUUAGUUUCGCGCAUGGAUCAGAUGUGUUCAAGGUCAAACGUCCAGCGCAAGAUGCACACAUGCAGCUUUACUUCAAUUGCCUUGGCUGGGCAGACCAAAUGACGUACUUUCAGAUACACAAGGUAGCCUACGAUCCGCCGCUUUGUGACAGGAAUGCCUCCGAAAGGGGCAAUGACUCAAAGAAGCGAGCAAGUGAGGAGGACUUUCCCGAUUAUGCCAAAAUCUUGAGAGCCGAUCCGGAGCUACGCAGGCAAGUUGACGAGUUGAUCAAAAACUCAAAGCAACAGUAG